AAAACUACAAAUUUUUGUUAUAAAAAACCAAUUCAAUCAAGAUAAAACAAUAAUGAAGCUAGCAAUGGAAUUGAUCUUAAUGGUGUUCAUCCUUGCAUUAACAUUUACUGAGGCAGCCCUGCCAACAACCAAGCACAAACCUAUGAAAGUAAGAUGCAAAAACAAGUAUUUUCCUUGCUACAAUCAAGAACUGUAUUGUCCAGCUUCAUGCCCUCGUAGUUGUUCAGUUGACUGUAACAAUUGUAAGGCUGUUUGUGGACCUGUUCCACAACUUCCACCACCACCAAAAUAUCAAAAGCAAAUGAAGGUGGUAUGUAAUGACAAAAGAUAUCGCGCUUGCUACAACAAGCCUCUUUUCUGUCCUGUAACUUGCCCGAGUACCUGUACUGUUAAUUGUGCAUCAUGUCAGCCUGUUUGUAGCGCUGCAUCUCGUCCUAAGCGUGUUAGGUGCUUGAACAAGAAGUAUCCUGGGUGUUACUACAGGGAGUUUACUUGCCCUGCUGCAUGUCCUCAGACCUGUCAGGUUGACAGUGCCACUUGCAGUCCUGUUUGUAAUUGUAAUAAGCCUGGAGCAGUGUGCGAGGAUCCAAGAUUCAUCGGAGCAGACGGCAUAACAUUCUACUUCCACGGCAAGAAAGACCAAGAUUUCUGCCUUCUUACAGACUCUAAUCUCCACAUUAACGCUCACUUAAUAGGCAAGCGUGACAACAACAUGGGAAGAGACUUCACUUGGGUCCAAUCCUUAGGCAUCCUCUUUGACAACCACAAACUCUACAUUGGAGCCAACAACAACACCACAACUUGGAACGAUGCCUUAGACCACCUUACACUUUCCUACGACAAUCAGUCCAUCAACCUCCCUGAAACCGACGGCGCAACCUGGAAAUCCACAGCUGGUGCUGGUGCUGGUGGUGGUGCUAGUGCUGGUGAGGUUACCAUCACAAGGUCUAAAUCCACCAACGCGGUUGAGAUUAUCGCGGAGGGUAUGUUCAUGAUCAAGGCUGUGGUGGUUCCGAUUUCGGAGAGGGAUUCCUUGGUUCAUAGGUAUGGUAUUACACCACAAGAGGAUUGUUUUGCUCACCUUGACUUGAGGUUUAAGUUUUAUUCUUUAAGUGGUGAAGUUAAUGGAGUAUUAGGCCAAACUUAUGCAACAAAUUAUGUAAGUCGAGUUAAAAUGGGAGUUGCAAAUCCUGUUGUUGGAGGGGAAAAGGAAUUCCAUUCUUCAAGUGUGUUUGCUACUGAUUGUGGUGCGUCAAGGUUUCAUGGGAAUAGGAAUGAUAGUGUUUAUGAUGAGGGAAUGGACUUUUCUGAUCUCAAUUGUGUUUCUCGCACAAGUGGUCGUGGACUCGUAUGCAAGCGCUGAAUAAUCAUAUGAUUUCUUGAUCAUCAUCUACUCAAGAAUUGCAUCAUUACUACUUCCCUGUUUUUAUAAAAUUAUUGUCAAAUUAUGUGAUUGUUUAUUUGAUUGGAUUGUCUUUAUU